UUGAUCCCUGAAGAACCAGAGGGUGCUACUUAUUAUUCACAGUAAUGGAAUGAAGACACUAUCUUGAUAUAAUGGAUGAUAGAUGCAGUAAGCUCAUCUUGGUUCCUAUUUUAGCUGUCCUUUUUGUUAUGAUAGGUUAUCAGUACAUAUGUCCCGCCGGCAGUAAUUCGUGCCACUUUAAGACUGGGGAGAAAUUAGAGGGGGUAAGCCUACUUUCCACCCCUUACCAGGACACCGAUGAUUUCUACAGAGAUCAAGACCUGGAGGAUGACAGCCCUCCAAAAGUGCCGUCAAAAUUCAACUUCACCGAAAGAGACCUUGACAGACACGUGGAGUUCAACAUCAAAGGGGACGACGUGAUAGUGUUUCUGCACAUCCAGAAGACCGGAGGAACCACUUUCGGGAGGCACUUGGUGAGGAAUAUUCGCUUGGAGCAGCCGUGCGACUGCAAGCCAGGACAGAAGAAAUGCACAUGUCACCGACCAGGAAAAGAGGAGUCCUGGCUUUUCUCCCGGUUCUCCACUGGCUGGAGCUGCGGACUGCAUGCAGACUGGACCGAGCUAACGAACUGUGUACCUGUUAUUAUGGAUAAGAAGGAAGCCCAGAGGAAUAAAAGGAACUUCUACUACAUCACCAUGCUGCGCGACCCAGUCUCCCGCUACCUGAGUGAGUGGAAGCACGUCCAGCGUGGAGCCACAUGGAAGACAGCCCUCCAUAUGUGUGAUGGACGCUCGCCCACCCAAGACGAGCUGCCCACCUGCUACAGUGGGGACGACUGGUCUGGUGUCACCCUGACAGAGUUCAUGAACUGCCCAUCCAACCUGGCCAAUAACCGCCAGGUCCGUAUGCUGGCUGACCUGAGCCUGGUUGGCUGCUACAACCUGUCCUCUAUGAACGAGAGCCAGCGUAACCACAUCCUUUUGAGCAGCGCCAUGAGUAACUUGAAGAACAUGGCUUUCUACGGCCUGACUGAGUUUCAACGCAAGACGCAGUACCUGUUUGAGCGGACGUUCAGCCUGCGUUUCAUCUCCGCUUUCACGCAGAUCAACAGCACGCGAGCUGCCAACGUGGACCUGAGCGAGCCCGUGCGCAGACGCAUCGAGGAGCUCAACUUCUUGGACGUGCAGUUGUACGAGUACGCGAAGGACCUGUUCCUCCAGCGUUUCCAGUUCACCCGCCAAAGGGAGCACCAGGAAGUGCGUUUGAAGAGGCGCGAGGAGAGGCGUUGGCUGAGGGAGCAAAGAGAGCAGGGCAGGCCAUGGCCGCCCAAACACAGAGUGAGCGGAAAUAGAGGCGGGAGAGGAGGUUUCGAGAAAGCGACUGAUGGUGACUUCCCCACCACCACUGAGGAUUACACAAGCCAAGUGGCCCGCUGGUGA